AUGAGUAGUGUUGACGGAGUUGAUCAUACCAACAACGUCGAAAAGGUCAUCUGGGACAAUGUCCCUGGUACAACCGCCACGGUCAUUGUGCAUGCCAAUGCCUUUACUAUACCAACAUCAGAACAGACAUUUGCAGUGGCAUGGGACAUUCGUAGCCUUUGA